UUGCAAGUUUUUUCAUUGUCUCGCAAUGCUCGGAUGCUGCUGUGGCCCGGAAGUAGUGGCUGCAUGCAACGAUGCUGGCAGUGCGUGUGGCGCCAAAGCAACUGCAGCGGGAACUGUGGCAUUGCCUCAGGCUGUUUCGGCCUGCGCACUACAUCAGCUGGGACCUUCUGGUGCUGCGCUGCUGCUGCAGAAACAGGGUGUUGAUUUUGUAGCUGCUGCCUUUCGGGAGGUUGGUCCGGAAAAAUGCGGAUCUCUCUUCCAAGAAUUGGGCAGCGACUUCUGUGUCAAGCUCUUCAUCGUAUUGGGGGACAUUUGGGUGGCAGAGCUUUUUGUGAAGUUGCAAGAAGACUUUUUGAAGGCUCUCUUCGAGACAAGUGGCUUCGUUUUUAUUGCUCGCUUGCUGCGUGGUCUGGGCACUGAUUUUGUGAGCCGCCUCUUCAUACAGCUGGGCCCAUGCUUUGCCGCGGAGUUCUUCAAGGUCUUGGGUGCAGCUUAUGUGGAAAGCCUUUUCAAAGCGCUUACUUACCACUAUUGUGCAAGACUUUUUUGCCAGCUGGGGCCUGCGUGGACGGCUGAUGCACACACGAUCAUGGGCUACGAAUUCUGUGUCCUUCUUUAUGGUGGACUGGGCUCUCUCUUUACAGCCCGCCUUUUUGGAACUGCUGGCCGCGCUUUUACUGUGGACGUGCAUUUGGCUUUUGGUGCUGAUUUCACCGCAAGUCUCUACAAUGGACUUGGCGAGACUUUUGUCCAGGAGCUUUUUGAUGCGUUGGGUCCGAACUUUGCCGGCCACCUCUUGGGGGACCUGGGCGAGGGGUUUGAUGCGCGGCUCUUCGAAGAGCUGGGCGAAGGCUUCCUUGCUGAAGUCUUUGUCUUCCUUGGGCCAAGCUAUGUGGCAAAAUUCUUCAAGGCAAUUGGUUUCGACCGAUGCGGUUUCUUUCCCUUGCUGGGGGCACCAUGGACCAGCAGGAUGCAUCAACAGAUGGGGGAGGAGAUGUGCGAAGAUGUCUACAAAGCCCUUGGUGCUGCGUUCCUGGUGGAACUCUUUCAGAGCUUUGGUACAGAGUUCACGGCUGAGCUCCUCCUGAUGCUGCAACUUCAUUUCUGUGUGCGUGUCUUUUCAGGAUUGGGUCCCUGCGUCGCGUCUGAGCUCUUCGGAGGUCUGGGCGAUGGAUUUGCCUCAAAGCUUUUCUUGCGGAUGGGGGAUGCAUUUGUGGCAUCUUUCCUUCUUGGCUUGGGCGUUGAUUAUAGUGCUUCUCUCUUCCGCUUUUUGGGAAGGUGCUCAUCAAUGGGCGAUGGCAGGGUCUAUGUGAGCUCCUUGUUGCAAAGCCUUGGACACGUGUGGUCUGCAGCGCUGUUCACCAAGCUUGGCAGCGGAUUCGUGUGCGCUUUGUUCCGGCAGCUAGGUGCACUCUUUGCAGUGUCCUUGCUUUGGCAGCUUCCUCCAAAAUUCUCUCUUCAGAUCUCGAAUGAGAUGGGAUUGUCCUUUUUCUUGGCGGUUUCGGCGACGGUCUGCUGUGAAGAUUUGCAACGUUGUCGAGGGGGACUGGCCAAAAAGAAUUGCGUGCGUUUUGAUCAGCAGGUUCUGCAAGUUCUGAGUUCUAUAUAAUUGAGCUUUGCAACAGAAAGCCGCACUAGUGGUCAUACUGGGGCACAUGGCCUUCGAUGAGCUUCCAAGUAGACUUGAAAACGGUGACGCUUUUCCCGGUUGAAUGAGUGC